AUGAGUGUCACAGUAAAGCAGAAGAAAAACCUUCCUCUUCUACCAAGUAGACUGAGGAAGUUGGGUGAUACCAUCUUACCCCACAUGAAGGAACAGCUUGGUGCACGACCCGCAGAUUCAUUCAAAGUACAGAAAAUCCGCGGCGAAAGCGUGCAACUUUUGCUGAAAUUCCUUCAAGAAUCUUUUGAUCUUGCGCCUACGACCACCCCGGCAGAAACGGUCUGUAAAUUGAGACUAAAGAUGUCCCACACAGACAACAAGAUCAAGAGGAUGACAGAACAUCUUAAGGACCAUGAUGUUCUCUUGUUUGACGUACAAGAGGAGCUCAACCUUGGUUCCGAGGUCAAUGCGGUCAGAACUGCACGAGCCUUCAAAAAGUACAUCAGAACUUCCAAAGAGCAAACCGCUUACCUUGAGAAAACCAUCAAGGGUAAUGAGGCACUCUUGAAGACCUGCAAAGAGAUCGCUGGAGUAUCCGGUCACCAUGCUCCUGCUGGCCUAGCUAGCUAUUUCAGCUCCACAUGGAGCCGACAGCGCCACGUCAUCUCAAAGCUCAACAACACCAUCCAGGAACUGAAAGAGAAUGGCCACUCUCUUCCAAAGAAAGACUCCAAAGCUGACCUAGAAGAGUCUAUCCUGGAUCUGGCUCGAGCAAUGGACGUGGACACAUCUAACUCCCCCAUCUCGACCAUAGUCACUGAGAUGAAAAGCACCUUCACAUCUAUGAAGAAUGACGUCAUCAAUCUCAAUGACAUGGUCAAGGUCAAGAAGGAAGAGAUCAAGAAUGUCCAAGAUCUCGAGAGGACGAAGACCGAUCGCAUCGUCGAACUCGAGAAUGAACUGGACGAUCUCAAGACCAGGAACAACUAUCUGGACCUUGACCGGAAGCAAACCCAAGAAGAGCGCAAGUCAGCCGCCAAACUUGUCAACGACCUGGAGCACAAGAUCAGUGAUCUUCAAAUUGGCAAUGGCAGAAAGACGCUUGAGAUUGAGGAUUUGCUUCAGCGUUACGAGGAAGCCGGAGAGGUUGUUUCUAACCUUCAAUCAGAGCUGGAUGACACCAAACAACUCAACCAGUUUCUCAAUCUACAGAUCAAGGACUUAGAUAGGCCUAAUGCUAAGGACAACGCUGCUGUCGAUUGGGAACAACAGAAGAAGGAACUGGAAUCAGAUCUUGAGAAACUACAAACCAGCGAGUCCAAGAAAGACAAUCAGAUCUUGGAGCUGGAGAAAGAAAUCGCCAUCUUGCAGAAACAGAAACAAGAACUUGAGACAAACCUUGAGACCCAAAAGUCUAAGGACACCCAGACAGACCUUCCCAAACCCGAGUCGCAAGAUCAAAAGACUACUGAGUUCUUUAGGAAGACCGUCUAUGACUUCACAAUGCCAAAGAGUCAUCCUGUAAGAGACGGAGCCGAAGAUGACCAUGUGCUGGUGGAAAACAAAGUUGACGAUUCGCUCAGGCAAAUGAAAGAACAAGGUCUACAACUCGAGCGCCUGCACCAAGAGAAAGAUGAUCUGAUCUCACAGCACGAAGCAGAUAUAUCACGGGUUACGAAGAAGAAUGUGGAGCUAGCCAAACUCCUCCAGGGUUUGAUUGAUCAACGUCGAGAAUCGAUCUCUUUGAUCCAGGAAUGUGGUGAUCAGUGUGAGUGCCUCGAUCUUCUUCUAAGACGAAACACGGAAAGAUUACGGGGUGAAAAGGAGAAACACCGCGUGAUGACCAAGAAUACAACUCGCCAGGAGAAGGUGGCCGGCAUUGCCAACCCUGUCGGGACCCAAGAACACACUGAUGUUGACGGAAAGAUGGCAGCCAUGACUCGAGAAGUUGAGAAGCUUCGAGAAAAGAUCGCCCACUUGAAAACCAAAAUGGCCGACAUCUCCACAGAACUAGAGCAGAGUCAGCAAGAUUGUCAGAAGGUGGAGGAAAAUUUUGCCAAAGCAUCUCAGCAGCUCAAGAAGUUUGAAAGUGGGAUGGAAGUGGUACAGAAAGAAAAGGACAAUCUUUCUUCUCAAAUCAAAAACAUGCAGAAGGAUAAGAAGGAAUUGGACAAUCAACUAAAAGCUGUGAAUGAAGAGAAAGACCAACUUCAAUCUCGCGCUGACAGCAUGGAAGAAGAGAAAGAUGAUCUUUCGGCUCAGCUGAGUGAAGCUCAUAAACAAUACCAGGAAUUGGAAGAGGGAUUCGCGGCUGUGUAUGCGGAGAAGAAACAACUGCAGACUCUUACUCUCAGCUUGGAGGGGGAAAAAGACGAACUUUCAGCUCAGCUCAGUGAACGUCUCCAGCAAUAUCAGGAACCAGAACAGAGUUUCACAGCCGAGGACCAAGGGGGAGAACUAGAAUGGGACGACGAGAUAGAACCCAUGCAAGAGGAGAGAGAAUCAUUCCAGGAGGAGAUAGAAUCAUUCCAGCCUCGCUAUAAUAGUUUUACAGAGGAGAGACAUGAACAGAAGUUUAAACUCAGGAAGACUCCCAAACAGCGCCAGUUCCUGGGGGAGAUAAUCCCGGUCAUCAGAAAGAAAACGGAUCCUGAAAAGAAACAACCUAACAGUCAAGCAGAGAAACACGACGACCUCUCAACUCGGCUUGAGGAAGCCACUCAGAAAUAUCAGGCACUGGAAGAUAAACUUAGUUCUUUGGAAGAAGAAGGUGAGAAAGAACAAGAAGUUGCUGCAAAACUGAAGGAGGAAAAUGGCACCCUUUCAACUUCACUCGGAUCCAUGCGUAAUCUAUGCAAGCAUCUCCAAGAAGAGAUGGAGAGUUUGAACCAAGACAAUGAGAAACUCCGUCAGGAACCUACACACGUUGAGAGUCAAGACGAUGGACUUUUCGAGGAACUUGAGAAAAGUAUGGAGCUAUGUCAGGUCUUAGAAGAAAAAGUCGCCGCUGCAGCCACCGAAAAAGCACAGUUCGAGCAAGAAGCCUUGAAAUGGGAGAAAGAAAAGGCCAAUCUUUUGACACAACUUCAAAACAGUCAGGCACAGUUUCAGCUGUUGCAAGAUCAGUUCGAGUCUGUUAGUCAAGAUAGUGAAAAUCGUCACAUACUUGGUUCAAAGUUGAUUGAGGAAAAGGAAGAACUUUCCAUGGAACUUGAAGACAGUCGCAAGGAAUGCCAGGAAUCCGAUGUAAGACUGGAAAUCAUCCACAAAGCGACUGAAAUACUCGACAAGAGGAUCGCUGACAUACAGCAGGACAGGAGAGAGCUCCAGGAGAAAUUAGAGACUGCUGAGAAAGAGCGUCUGGAAUUCACGGAGCAAAAUAAGGCUGCCAUGGAAAAGGUCGAACAAGCGGAAGAACUCAGAAUGGAGAUUGAGGAAAAGAAUAAGAAACUCGAGUAUGAAAUCAAGCUGGCUAAGAACAAAGUUAAGACUGCCUUCGCUAUGGCUGACGACUACAAGGAUGAUAUCAAAGAUCUUAACGUUCACAACAGAGGUCUCAAAAAUCAAAUAGAGUUCCAGAAGAAAAACAACGAGGAGCUUAAAGAGAAAGCAUCCACGAUGAUCGAAAUGAUUGCUCUCCUGGAGGAGAAAUUAUUACUAGCUGAGAAUAAACAGAAGGAAUGUGAGGAAGAACUACAGAGUAUGAAAGCUUCAGUGGCCGCAGCCGCCAUUCAGUAUGGACUCAUAGAAAAGGUUGGGGAUUCAAUCUGCAUCACUGACCUGUUCCAGGCUCUCGAUGACAUGAACCAACUCAAUGCACACUUGAAACUCGAGAUUGCGAAUUUGAACAGGACCAAAAAGACCUUCGAAGAAAUGGUACGUCACACCGUUAAAUUUGAUUGA